UUUGCGGGUUCCUGGUUUCACUUCUAAGGAGUGUUUCAGCGCUUGUUGACUUGGUGGUGGUGUUUGACAGUGGUAAUAAUCCACAUCCAGCAUUGAAUCUAGACUAUUUUCAGCACCAGCAGGCGUCAACCUGUCAAGCGGCAUUUAGCCCAAUGGCCGUAUCUUAAUUUCCAUUAGCUCAUGGUUUUUCGUCUUGGAGGUCCUGGGGUUGCGGUGGAUCUGGGGACGGAACCCCGCGCACCCGUUCGAUGAAGGCAAGGAAUCCCUCCGCACUCUUUUCUCAAUUCCCUCACGCCACUACCGGAUCAAACCAUCGGAGUUUGCGCCCAGCAUGGACUCAGAACCACCUCAGGCCGAUUCUAUUGCGUCUCAGGCCACACCAGAAGAACAAAUCGAUCUUUCGGCCGGAGAUAGCGCAAAGCGCAAGGCGGAACAGCCGAACGGAACCCAGACGCGAUCGAAGCGGAAUCGCUACAUCUCCAUUGCAUGUAAUGAGUGUAAGCGUCGGAAAAUUAAAUGCAACGGCCAGGUGCCGUGUCAGCGCUGUGGACACUUGAAACUCGAAUGCCGAUAUGCGCCUAAUUGCUGUAAUAAUAACUUUAAGGAUUCUGAUGAGUUCCGGUCGAUGAAGGAUCAGAUUGCUUCGCUGCAGGAUCAAGUUGGCAGUCUUUUUAGCAGCCUCAAUGAGCUUCGCGUGCAGAAGUCCACGUUUGACGCCCCACCAUUUGAUCAAUUCUCUCGUGAUGGCUCGCAAGUAUUUACCCCGAUGCACCCACCGUCGGGGAAGCCUCGUAUGAGGCAUCCUCGGUUCCAUGGCCCUACCAGCUCGGCAUUCAAUUUUGACGUUGCUCGAUCAAGCCUUCAGGAUAUGGGUAUCGCGCCGGUCGAAGAAGGUAUACAAGAUGAUUUGACGACGGCACAUGCUACGCCAGCAGCAUCUCCCCCUCACGUGCCUGCAUUGAGUCAACCAAUGCAUCCGUCAAAGGACCCGAUAUGGGCGAUUAAGAAAGACGAGGCACUGCGGUUAUGCCGAGUAUACGAAGAGGAGAUUGGUAUCAUGUACCCACUGGUCGAUAUUGACCAGGUCACACAUCAGGUCAACUUGCUUUAUACGUUUAUGGAAGCAGCAAUGCGCACUGGGCUUAUGCACCGAGGGCUAGGAGGCGCAGAUGGCCUUGAGGAUGACAGCACAAACCUCAUCAAGUUGAUCCUUGCGACUACACUUAUUGUUGAAGGUGGUGGUGAGAGCGAACUUGGUCGGCGUUUAUAUCUAAGCGUUAAACCAGUCAUUGAGUCCAAGAUUUGGGAAACAUUAGAUCUCAAAACUAUCCAGCUUCUAGGAUUGAUGGCGACGUAUCACUUCCAUACAGACGACGAUGCAUUGGCUUAUCGAAUUAUCGGCGUGGGCGCUCGUAUGUGCCUAGAGAUGGGGCUCCAUAGACGAGACGCUCUGGCCAAAUCCUUCCCCGACGAAGCUCAAUGGCCUGAGAUUGUCAAAAUAUUUUGGUCAAUAUAUUCCUUGGACAGACGGUGGAGUUUCGGUACGGGACUGCCUUUCGUUAUACAAGACGAGGAUAUCGAUCCCAAUCUACCUGAGCCGGACCCAUCACUACAGUACUUGAGGUGCAUGAUUGUUCAUAAUCGCAUCAGCUCGAAGGUCUGGUACUCUGGUCUGGGCUCUGACGGAGCAACGGACAUACGCCGAGACGAGAUUGGCUAUCUGGACUACCAAGUCUUACAGUGGUACAAGCAGAUUCCGGAUACUCUCAAAUUCUAUCCGUCUGAAUCUCCGAGAGCAGGCGAGACAGCAAAUAGAGGCCUUCGAAGAUUGCGUAUACUUUUGUAUCUGCGCAUGAAUCAACUGCGGAUACUUAUCUAUCGACCUGUCCUCCACUCUUCUACAAGCAUCGCGGAAGAUAAAGGCCAUGCUCAGACGGUAGUUGACGUCGCCAAAGACUCCGUCCGGGUACUCACUCGGCUGAACCAAACCUCCGAUAUUUAUCGCACGCAACAAAUUACGUUCAACUAUUUCCUGGUUGCUGCCCUUGCCGUGCUGUUUCUGGCUGUGUGCCAUGCACCUACUGAAUUCAACCGGCAGGUACGGGAUGAGUUCUAUUUAGCGUUGGACCUUGUCAAUGGAUUCAGCACCAAAUCAUAUGUAUCGAAGCGCCUGUGGAAGACAAUAAAAGGUCUCAGGAGGACAGGCGAGAAAUUAGGUGUCCUAGUACGCCCUUUUGGCACUGAUGCUAACGACCCGCACUCAACAGCAGCUGUUGCAAUGGCAGGCUUGGCUGGCCAUCCAAUGGAAGACCUGUCGGUGUAUGGCCCUAUGAACGGGGUUGGUGAGUUGGGCAAUAGCCCUCUGAAUGGGUUACAGAUGAGCCACGAGUUGACGACCUUGUUUGAGGCUGUUGGAGGGUUCGGAAAUUUCAUGACCCCAGCGGCAACAGAUGGACUCAACGGUUUUAUCGGUCCUGAGGGAGAAUUACAGAAUACUGGAGAAGGACUCUCAGGUGUGUUGGGGGAUGAAGGCGAAUUCGCACGAGUAAUACGGGACUUAUUCUGAAUUGUCCUCCUGAUACACUGUCGGUCUCCUUUUGCAUUGUAUUUGGCAAGAUACCCAAGUUACUCUUUUCUUCACAGUCUCUUCAUUUCAUCUGUAACUACUUCAGCGUAAACGCAAUCAGGCACCAAAAUUGCCUGAGGCAUAUAUAUCCACGUGAUAAACCAGCCUCCUGCUUCUUUGAUCUUCCAUCAUCGCGUCUUCAGUCCCUCAAAUCGAAUGUUGAGAAAAUACAUGCAAAAGAUGUCAAAUUGAGACCUCUUCUCUUUAAUCUUUCCAUUUUAUCCCCCAGGUUCGGUGGCCUUCAGGUUCAAGGUUGCCCACCGCCCCACGAGGCUAAUUCGGAGGUCCGUCAACCUCCGUCGAUCGAUCGCCUCCCAACCCGCGCAGAAAAAUUCACCCCU